AGUAGUGUUCUGUUUCUCUUACUUACAGCUUGGUCGAGAUUCUAUCAUACGUGGCAAACAAAAGACCCCAUUCCAACAACCCUUUGUUUCUUUCUUACCUAAUCUUUUAAUAAUUUUUCUUCACUAUAUAAAUAGUACAAACGCUUAUUAAUUCUUAUAUUGUAUACAUUGCAACACUUUGAAUAUAAAAACCUUCAAAUAUGGCCAUCAAUAUCUCCAUACUUCUCUUCAAUUCCAUAUUUGUUCUCAUAAUUUCUCUUGCCGUUGUCCACCAUGCUGAAUCUCAUGACCAAAUGGUGAUAACAACCACCGUUUUGAGCUCAACGUCUGAUGAGUCCAAUCUUCAAAGUCCUUUGCCACAAAAAAUAGAUUGUGAUGGAGCUUGUGAUGCAAGGUGUGAAAAGUCAUCUAGGCCAAGGCUGUGCAAGAGGGCAUGUGGCACGUGCUGUGCUCGCUGUGAUUGUGUGCCACCUGGCACUUCCGGUAACUAUGAUGCCUGCCCCUGCUAUGCCAACAUGACCACCCACGGCGGUCGCCACAAAUGCCCUUGAUUUAUAUAUAUAUAUAGUUAUAGUUAUAAUAAUAAGAAAGAUCUCAUGUAUUUUCAUUAUAUAUUUAUUAAUAACAACAUCUAGUAUGAAUUAUUUGUUUGAAAAUAAUGAAGAUCGUAACAAAGACAGGUAUAUUAUUUCAA